UUCAGUUAGUGUCGGCUAACCGAAGCAAACACCAUAGGAGAUUCCUGCCUGACCUCAUCUGUCAGCCCGUCCAUCACCGCAGCAAACGAGAAGCGUCUCAGAGCCGAAAAUUUACGUACCGUAUUUGCUACUUUGUGUAACAACUAGUCACGUGAAGCUGUGUCACGUGACCCCAACCGCCAGCCCACCGGACACAACAGACAAGUUUAGGACGACUAUCGGGGACGCGAUGAGCUAUCUAGUGACCUUCUUCAUCCCCUUGUUAUUCAGCUCUGUGGUCUGGAGUGGAUAUCUGGAAUUUAACCAAGAUGUCCUGAUACCACAUGACUGGACUCAUGUGGGCCGGGUUGAGCCCACAGAGAAGCUGGAGCUGACCUUUGCCCUGAAGCAGCAAAAUGUUGACGUGCUGGAGGAAACGCUCAGGCUCGUGUCGGACCCUGACUCGGCACAAUAUGGUAAACAUCUCACACUGGAGGAAGUUUCCUCCCUCGUGCAGCCAUCCGAACUGACCCAGAAGAUGGUGCGUCACUGGCUGCAGAGUCAUGGGAUUACAAACUGCCUGACUGUUCGCACUCAGGACUUCUUACAGUGCACCAUGACUGCAGAGGUUGCAGAGAUGCUGCUUCCAGGCAGCAAGUUCCACCGUUACAUCAGAGACAACCAAUCUGUAGUGAGGUCUUCAGCUCCAUAUGCUGUUCCCGAUGAUGUUCAGCAGCACCUGGACUUUGUUGGUGGGCUUCAUCGCCUCCCUCCUAAAGGGCAGCAGGACCUCACCAAGACGCCUUUCAAUAUGAAGCAAAAGCGCCCUAAGGCAGGUGCACACCUGGGAGUGACUCCUGCCAUCUUGAGGACCCGCUAUAACCUGACAGCAGCUGAUGUGGGAAGAGCUCAUAACAACAGCCAGGCGGUGGCUCAGUUCUUGGAGCAGUUCUACAGCCCUACAGACCUGGCUGAGUUCAUGAGCAUGUUUGGCCAUAGCUUCCAGCAUCUCUCUCAGGUGGACCGAGUUGUGGGCACUCAGGGAAAAGGAAAGGCUGGUAUUGAGGCCAGUCUGGAUAUAGAGUACAUCAUGAGCACAGGGGCAAACAUCUCGUCAUGGCUCUUCACCAAUCCAGGUCGUCACGAGUCCCAGGAGCCUUUCCUCCAGUGGAUGGUUUUGCUCAGCAACAUGUCUGACCUGCCCUGGGUUCACACCAUCAGCUACGGAGACGAUGAAGACAGCCUGUCCACUGCCUACAUGAUGCGUAUCAACACAGAGUUUAUGAAGGCUGGCGUCAGGGGAAUCUCUUUGCUCUUUGCUUCUGGUGACAGUGGCGCAGGUUGCAGGCAGUUGAGUAAAGCACAAAACACCUUCAGGCCAAGUUUUCCUGCCUCAAGCCCAUAUGUGACUACAGUAGGAGGAACCUCAUUCAAGAACCCAUUUAAGGUAACCUAUGAGGUUACAGAUUACAUCAGUGGAGGAGGCUUCAGCAAUGUCUUCAAGAUGCCUGACUACCAGGCCAGUGCAGUGGCUGCAUAUAUGAAGAUGGUGGGAGCAAAACUCCCUCCUCAGUCAUAUUACAACACCAGCGGCAGGGCCUAUCCCGACAUGGCUGCCCUGUCCGAUAAUUACUGGGUGGUCGUCAACAGAGUACCCGUCCCCUGGGUGUCAGGGACCUCGGCGUCAACCCCCGUGGUGGGAGGCAUGCUGUCUCUCGUCAAUGACCAGCGGCUGCUAAAGGGCCUCCCUCCCCUGGGCUUCCUCAACCCUCGCCUCUACAAGCUCAAAGGAGAGGCCCUAUUCGAUGUGACUGAAGGCUGUCACCUGGGCUGUCUGGAUGAACAGGUUCAGGGUAAAGGUUUCUGUGCUGCUCCAUUGUGGGACCCUGUAACAGGCUGGGGGACACCAAACUAUCCGGCACUGCUGGCUGCCUUGCUAGCUGAGUGACAAGCUGUAGCACUAUUAAACAAUCAGGGCAGCGCUAGCUCUGAGAGCAGGUACUGUACAGAUCUAAACCCUUGACCAGGUGCCUGAUACCAAAGGCCUGACAGUGAAAUGGAGGGAAAACAAUACCUAAGAUUUAAGCCUCUUUGUUUUAUUCUGAUCAUUUGAGUUUGAAACACUGCAUUAAUCAGUCUUUAGGAAUGUUUUCAUUUGUCAUCAGGUGGUUGACUCCUUUUAAUCAGAAUAUUUUUUUUUAAAUCAGGGAUUUUUAUUGUUACGCUGCCACUGCCCGUUUCUGCUUUUCACCGAAUCUUAACUGGCCCACAUUUCUCUGUGAAUCUCUUGCGUAGGCUUACAGGUAGACUCAUUAAACGAACAAACACUAUGAGGCUUAAGAUUAACUAUCUUAAAACUUGAUUUUACUUCGGUUUGUUGCUGUUUGAUUUUGACUACGAACUGACUAAAUGCACUAUAACAUGUCGGUUAAAAGUGAUUCAGCAAUUCCACCCACCAGCAUUGUUGCACUUUUUUUUUAUCUUUUAACCGUGUAAAGCUUCAUAUCAGAUGUGUGAAAUGCAACACUGCCUGUGCUGUUGAAUUUAUUAAAGAUGGACCUUUACGUGGAACUGCCUGUUGACUGUUCAGGAUUAGCCUGAGUCAACAGUGUGAAAUGUGUUUUUAGAAAUACCAGUACCAGAUGUUAGAUGAACAGUUGUGCAACAGGAAAAGGGAUGCUUUUUUUUUUUAAGCAAAACUGCCAAACAUGUUCUACUUCCUUCUACAUAAUUGUGAGGUUUUUUUUGAUUGUUUUUAGAUUUGAGUACAUCUUAAUGGUGUUUUGUUGAACAAAACAAACAUUUUAAUUGUAUCAUGUUUUUUUUUUUCUCACUACUGACUUUUUAUAGAACAAAUUGAGAACACAAUCGCAGCCUACUAAAAACCAGCCAAGACUGCAGUUGGCAAAACAAAUGUCUUGAAACAAUACUAAAUGAAACCUUUGAAUUUACAGUGCAAA